AUGGAAGCUGAAGGCUCGUCAUCACCGCUGCUACUCAAAGAAGAGAAGGAGGAUCUGGAGGAGGGUCCAACUGAAAACGCAGAUAACUCUUCGUUUGCAGACCCCUUGUUAGAAUUCAAGGCAGAACCAGAAUUUUUUGACUAUGGUGAUUUUGAUGUGAACUGUUCUUCCCAAUUUACUAUGAAGUGUGAAAAGGACAGCUCUCCAAGCUGUGAUGAUGAGAGCGGAAAGGAAAAGAUCUGUAUUGGAGGAGAAAAUAGACAUUUGGGUAGAAGUAACACAACAGGGAAGCGAUUAAUUUGCAAUUUCUCAAAACGUCACAUGAGAACUCAUACAGGAGAGAAACCAUAUGCUUGCUCAAUAUGUCAAAGAAGUUUUUCUCAACAAAGUAAUCUCAAAAUACACAUGGGAACUCAUACGGGAGAGAAACCAUAUACUUGCUCUACAUGUCAAAGAAGUUUUUCUGGUUCAAGUUAUCUCAAACGUCACAUGAGAACUCAUACAAGAGAGAAACCAUAUGCUUGCUCAAUAUGUCAAAGAAGUUUUUCUCUUCAAGGUAAUCUCAAAGCACACAUGGGAACUCAUACGGGAGAGAAACCAUAUACUUGCUCUAUAUGUCAAAGAAGUUUUUCUAGGUCAAGUCCUCUCAAACGUCACAUGAGAACUCAUACAGGUGACCUCAAAAUACACAUGAGAACUCAUACGGGAGAGAAACCGUAUACUUGCUCUACAUGUCAAAGAAGUUUUUAUGGUUCAAAUGCUCUCAAAUAUCACAUGAAAACUCAUACAUGA